CCCCUCCUGGUCUCGUCCUCCCUCCCGACUCUCUAGCUCUCCCUCCCCUCGCUUUCAUCCUCCUAUCCCCACCUCUCCAACCUCCUCUUUCAUCCCCCUCCCCUCUCCUCUCCUCCCCGCUCCCGCCUGCCCCACCCCUGGGAAGCCCCUCCCGUCGGGCAGCGCCGCCUUAUAAGCGGGUUCCCUUCCCGGGGGCGGCAGCGGCUGGUCGGCGGCAGCUCUGCUGGUGCGGGGGCGGCGAGCCCGGGACCGAGCUACCGCGGCCGAGCGCGCCGGCCACCGCCUGCACCGCCCUUCCGCCCGCCCUCCGGACGGCCGCAGCCCUGCGGGUCUCCGCUCCAGACCCACCCCCGCCCCACCCCGCGCGCCUCUGCCGCCUCUUCCAGAGACCCAGCUUGCCGAGCGGCCGCCGCUGCCGCUGUCGCCGCCGCCGCCGCCACCGCGCCAGGUUCCGGCCGCGGCCACCCUCCGCCGUCCAGGGCCCCUCCGUCUCGGCCCCGGGACCCCGGCUCCCCGCCAGCCCCGGCCCCGGCCCCGGCACCAUGUCGGAGAAAAGCGUGGAGGCAGCGGCCGAGUUGAGCGCCAAGGACCUGAAGGAGAAGAAGGAGAAGGUGGAGGAGAAGGCAAGCCGGAAAGAGCGAAAGAAAGAAGUGGUGGAGGAGGAGGAGAACGGGGCUGAGGAGGAAGAAGAAGAAACUGCCGAGGAUGGAGAGGAGGAAGAUGAAGGGGAAGAAGAAGAUGAGGAAGAAGAAGAAGAGGAUGACGAAGGGCCCGCGCUGAAGAGAGCUGCCGAAGAGGAGGUUUGGGCUGGGUUGCUGGGCCUGAGGGGCUGUCAGGGAUGCAGCCGGGCUGGGCGCCCUUUGGAUUUGGAUCCAGAUCCCUGUGCGGCAGGGGUGGGGGCUGGAACAGGACCGGGACAGGGGGAGGUCUCCCCUCCCAUUUUACAGCUCCCCCAUUCUCUCCCUCUCCACAGGAUGAAGCGGAUCCCAAACGGCAGAAGACAGAAAAUGGGGCAUCGGCGUGAGCCCCUGCCAACAGGCUGGGGUUGGGAGGCCUCUCUGGGCCUGGAGGUGGGGGUGGGGGCGGGGGCAGACAAGUCCAGCCACUGUUCACCUGGCUCCCUGCUCUGGGCCCUGCACCAGAGCUGCCACCCUCUUCUUUCUCCCCAGCCUUCUCAUUUCUGCCUCUCCAGACACUGCGCCCUCUACCCUCACUCUGCCGUUGUUCCACCUCCUGACCUGCUCCAUCUGAGCUCUCCAGCUGGCCCCUAAUUGCUCCUCUCUCUCCUUGCUCUCUUUCUCCCUCCCCUACCAGCCUCAUCCUUCCUCUGGUAGCCUCUCCCACCUAACCUCUGCAUCCCCCAGCCUCAUGUCCUGCCCCAUCCCUAUCCUGCCUGAUCCCUGGAUCUCCCUCAGAUCCCCUCUUCUCAGACAGCGCCAGGCCGGGGUGGGGCCGGGGUUGGGGCCGAGCCCCACAGCUGCCCCCCUCCCCUCCCUUUUUGUAUAAUUUAAUAAAGAAAUGGUCGCGCUUCUGUUUUUAA